GUGACAUCACGUGUCUGGAUGGAAACGGCUGUUUUUCCUCAGAAGUUAUCUGUGACUCAAAUAUAGACUGUGCUGAUCGGAGCGAUGAAGGCUUCUGCGAAUACAUUACCGGUCCGCCUUGUUCUGGGAGCCAGUUUAAGUGUCCGCACACCCCCAUGUGCAUCGACAGAAGCACGGACGUUUGUGAUGGAGAGAACGACUGCCCGGAUGGUUUCGACGAACAACAAUGCUUCGUUCCUGUUGAUGACUCUUCAGACGCCGCGACCAGCGGUCUGGGGUGCGGAGGAACACUGUCUGCUCCCCCUGACGGUUCCGUGACGUCACCGAACUAUCCCGAAAACUACAAACCCGAUCAGACCUGUGGUUGGCUGAUCACCGUGCCAGAAGGAAGCAGCGUUCGUCUCACGUUCGACAGUUUCCACGUCGAGGACGGUUACGACUAUCUGUACAUCUACGAUGGAGACAGCGAUUCUGCUACAGAGUUGCAGAAGUUAACAGGUGAGCUGUCCAUCGACCCCAUCACCAGCACAUCUAACAAGAUGUUCGUGAAGUUUGAUUCUGAUGAGAGUGAAACGACUCAGGGGUUCCAGGUUUCCUACACGGCGACUCCUGUCGAUCUGACCACAGAAGUGCAGGUGGAACCCACCACGCCUCCUGGCGAUCUGACCACAGAAGUGCUGCCGGGCCCCACAACGCCUCCUGGCGAUCUGACCACAGAAGUGCAGGCGGACCCCACAACGCCUCCUGGCGAUCUGAAGACAAAAGUGCAGGCGGACCCCGCAACGACUCCUGACGGUCAGUUCAGAGGUGGGAUGCCUGACCCUACAACGCCUCCUAGCGGUUUGACCAAUGAAGUGCAGCCGGAGCCGACAGAGCCUGUUGACGACACAACAGGCAUGGAAGAGAAUGGCGAAUCCGGGGCGAGUGUUGCUACUACCGUUCCCGGUAGCGCGUUGGCAGUCAUCGCUCUGGCUCACCUGGUUCUGACCUACUGUGGCAUGUUCGGUUAG